AUGAAACAUUUUCUCUAUUGUCUGUGUCUGCUGGGCUCUCUUCUAUCUGCCUUCUCAACUCAAUGCACUGUCCCAGCCUCGGAGUUUCAGCUGGAAGGAAACUAUCUCAUAGGGGGACUUUUUGAUAUUCAUUAUGUUAGUGACCCUGAACAUCACGUCAGACCAGAGGCCAUCAACUGCUCCAGUCAACUCUUCAGUCUGUCCAGUUAUCGGAGGUUUCAGUUGAUGAGAUUCGCUGUGGAGGAAAUCAAUAACUCCACCAACCUGCUGCCUAAUGUGUCUCUUGGUUAUGACAUUUUUGACCAGUGCUCGGAAUUUCAGAAUUUCCCAGGAAUUUUCAACCUCAUCUCAUUCAAUGGCUCAAUUAAACUCUUGGGUGAAAAACAUGAGAAUAUAUUCAAAAUGACUAAAGUGGUAGGACUGGUCGGCCCCUUCUCAAGCACUGAGACAGUAACUGUUGCCCCGCUGUUCAUGUUGGAUUUCAUCCCUAUGGUCAGUUAUGGAGCUUCCUUCUCUGCCUUUUCAGAAAAAGUGAAAUAUCCCUCUUUCCUGCGAACAGUGCAUUCCAAUGAAGACAUCAUAGAAGUGAUUGUUAACAUCAUUCUGCACUUUAAAUGGCAGUGGGUUGCUUUCCUCAACAGUGCUGAUGAAUAUGGAAUUGACGGCCUGAUUUUGUUCAUGAAGAGGAUUAAAGACACUGAGAUCUGCCUGCCGUUCACCAAAAAGCUCACUGACAACACUAAUCACUCCCAAAUGUUCCAACAGAUAGAUGCACUGAAGAUACACAUCAUUGUUGUCUUUGCUCCUGAGUUGACUUCUGAAACUCUCAUUAAGUCAGCAAUUAGACUGAAUGUCACCAACAAGGUGUGGAUAGCAACAGACACCUGGUCCUUAAACAAGAUACUUCUCAAGGAGACAGGAAUCCAAAAUAUUGGAACUGUACUCGGCCUUUCUCAGUCAGUAGUGAUGAUACCCGGUUUCAGUGAUUUUAUCCAUUCUUCCAAAAGCAGGACUCACUGUGGUAAUGUAAAGCAACCAACGUUUUGUAAUCAGGUUUGCAACUGUGACAGCCUGAGUGCAGAGGAUCUCAUUUCUAUGGACCCAUCCUUCUCUUUUGCUGUGUAUUCUGCUGUAUAUGCUGUUGCAAACGCCUUACACAAUGUCCUACAAUGUGAAGCUGGUCAAUGUAAUGACAACAUUACAGUGUACCCAUACAUGGUUCUAGCAGAGCUGAAGAAGUCAAACUUUAUGCUUUUAAAUCAAAAUAUUCGGUUUGAUCCGAAUGGCAAUCCCAGGUUUGGAUCCUAUUAUAUAGUUCUCUGGAACCAGAGUGGUGAAGCCCAGAGGAUCGGCUUUUACGAUUUUCACACAUGUCCCCAUUUUUUCAUGAACAACACCAAAAUACAGUGGUACUCAGGUGAAGAAGUGCCUACUUCGCGGUGUUCCCCACCAUGUCCUGAGGGAUAUGCAAAAAAUCCAGAUGGAAUCCACAAAUGCUGUUUCACUUGUCAAAUCUGUCCAAAAGGAACAUAUGUCAACAGCACAGGUAAAUUAUUAUGGAGGAAAACAAGAACACUUAAAAAAGCAUUUUAUUUUCUUGCUUCUCUGUGUCUGCUGGGCUCUCUUCUACGUGCCUCCUCGACUCAAUGCACAGUCCCAGCCUCGGAGUUUCAGCUGGAAGGAGAUUAUCUGAUAGGUGGACUUUUUGAUAUUCAUCACGUCAGCACCAUUGAUUAUCAUGUCAGACCAGAGGCCUUUGACUGCUCCAGUCAACCCUUCCUUCUUCCAAAUUAUCGAAGGUUUCAGUUGAUGAGAUUCGCUGUGGAGGAAAUCAACAACUCUACCGAACUGCUGCCAAAUCUGUCUCUUGGCUAUGAGAUUUUUGACCACUGCUCAGACACACGGAAUUUCCCAGCGAUUUUUAACCUCAUGUCAGUCAAUGGCUUGAUUGAAGCUUGGGGUGUAACACACAAGUCCAAUGUAUCUGACGUGAUCGCAGUGGUUGGUCCUUUCACAACCACUCAGGCCCUGACCGUAGCCUCAAUGUUCAUGGUGAAUCUCGUUCCUGUGGUCAGUUAUGGAUCUUCUAGUUCUGUCCUUUCAAAGAAAGCUAAAUUCCCCUCUUUCCUACGCACAGUCCAUCCUAAUAAAGACACCAUAACAGUGAUUGUUAGAAUUCUGCAACACUUCAACUGGCGCUGGGUUGCCUUCCUUCACACUGACAAUGAUUUUGGCAUUGAUGGACUUGAAAUGUUCUUAAAUGUGAUUAGGGACUCUGAGAUCUGCCUGGCGUACACCAAAAGUCUCGAUAACAAAAUUAAUUACUUGCAAAUGUUCAAACAGAUAGAGGAACAGAAAAUACACAUAAUUAUUGUUUUUGCUUCAAAAGUGAAUGUUGAAGCUCUCAUUGAAUCAGCAAUACAACUGAAUAUCUCAAACAAGGUGUGGAUAGCAGAUGAUGGAUGGGCCUUGAACAAGCAGCUCCCCAAAAAGAAAGGAAUCAGAAAUAUUGGAACUGUGCUCGGAGUGUCUCAGACAGUCGUUGGGAUACCUGGUUUCAGUGAUUUCAUCUCAUCUUUUAAAAGCCACACUCAGUGUGGACAUGAAGGACAGCAGACGUUGUGUAAUCAGGUUUGCAACUGCAACAGCCUGAGUGCAGAAGAUAUCAUUACAGCAGACCCAUCUUUCUCUUUUCCUGUUUAUUCUGCUGUGUAUGCCAUCGCUCACGCCUUACACAGUGUUUUGCAAUGUGGAGCCAGCACAUUUAAUGACAGCACUGCAGUGUACCCUCACAUGGUUCUCGCUGAGCUGAAGAAGUCAAACUUUACGCUUUUAAAUCAAAGUGUUCAGUUUGAUGAGAACGGUGACCCCAAGUUUGGAUCCUAUUCUAUAGUUUUCUGGAACAGCAGUGGUAAUGCGCAGGAGAUCGGCUUUUAUCAUGUCCACCCAUCGGUCAAUUUUUUCAUCAACAGCACAGAAAUAGAGUGGUACAUGAGUGGAGAGGUGCCUACUUCACUGUGUUCCCCAGAGUGUCCUAUAGGAUAUGUAAGAAAGUCAGAUGAAAUCCACAAGUGCUGCUUCACUUGUCAAAUCUGUUCCAGUGGAACUUAUGUCAACAGCACAGAGGAUCCCUACCAGUGCAUGGCCUGUAAGGAGACAGAGUGGUCUGCAGAAGGAAGCUCAUCAUGUAACCUGCGGCUGGUGGAGUACAUCCCAUUCACAGACAUUGGGGCUAUACUGAUCAUGGUCGGGGCCUGGGCCUUGGUGGGCAUCACACUCGCCAUGUCUGUUCUCUUUGCCGUGAACUACAACACCCCUGUUGUCAGAUCUGCUGGGGGACCCAUGUGCUUCCUAAUCUUAGGCUGCCUCAGUCUGUGUAGUAUCAGUGUUUUCUUUUACUUUGGCAAACCAACUGUUUCUUUUUGUAUCUUGAGGUUCUUACCGUUCUUCUUGUUCUACACUGUUUGUAUCUCAUGUUUUGUUGUGCGCUCCUUUCAAAUUGUUUGCGUGUUCAAAAUGGCUGCCAAGUUUCCCAAGCUGCACAGCUGGUGGAUGAAGUAUCAUGGACAAUGGCUGGUCAUCACUGUGGCAUUUGUUACUCAGGCAAUCUUCCUUACCAUUGGCUAUUCCUCUGCACCCCCCAGGCUCUACAAUGAAACAGUAUGGUACCCAGAUAAAAUCAUACUUAGUUGUGACUUCAAUCUGAAAGCCUGCUUUGGUUCUAUAUUUAUACUUCUGUCUCUGUGCAGUCUUUGCUUUAUUUUCUCCUACAUGGGAAAAGACCUCCCCAAAAAUUACAACGAGGCCAAAGCGAUAACGUUCUGUCUGCUGCUGCUGAUCCUCAACUGGAUCAUCUUUGCCACUGAAUACAUGCUUUACCGGGGAAAAUACAUCCAAACAUUUAACGCCUUGGCAGUGCUCUCCAGUCUCUACUCCUUUCUGUCGUGGUACUUCAUUCCAAAAUGUUACAUCAUCAUUUUCCAACCUAAGAAAAAUACACAGCAGUACUUUCAAGGUCUCAUUCAGAACUACACCAAAACUAUUAGCCAGUAG